GAGCCCUGAGCCGGAAGAUGCUGCGGCGGCCGCCAGGAGACGGGGCCUAGCCGCGGCUGCUCUUCCCGGCUCCCAGAUGCCCAGAUCGGGACAGAGGGGCGGGCGCAAUCUGCAUGCGCAUGCACGCUCCGGCCUCGAUGGACCAAGAUGGCGCCGGUGGAGCACGUUGUAGCCGAUGCAGGGGCUUUCCUGCGGGACGCGGCUCUACAGGACAUCGGGAAGAACAUCUACACCAUUCGGGAUGUGGUCAGCGAGAUUCGGGAUAAGGCCACGCGCAGGCGGCUCGCAGUCCUGCCCUACGAGAUGCGUUUCAGGGAGCCCUUCCCGGAAUACGUGCGGCUGGUGACUGAGUUUUCAAAGAAAACUGGAGACUAUCCCAGCCUCUCUGCCACAGAUAUCCAAGUACUGGCACUUACCUACCAGCUGGAAGCAGAGUUUGUUGGGGUGUCUCACCUAAAACAAGAACCAGAAAAGGUUAAAGUGAGUUCAUCAAUUCAGCACCCAGAAACUCCUCUACACAUUUCUGGUUUCCAUCUGCCCUCAAAGCCUAAACCCGCACGAGGAACAGUAGAACAUGGACACCCAGUCGGUGAGCCUGAGGACCUAGAAUUCAGUUCCUUUGUGUUCUGGAGAAAUCCUUUGCCUAAUAUUGAUCAUGAACUGCAGGAGCUGCUGAUUGACAAAGGUGAGGCUAUUCCAAGUGAGGAAGAGAACGAAGAGAAUGGAUUUGAAGAAAGGAAGGACCAAGACAGUGAUGAUGACGGGGGUGGGUGGAUAACCCCCAGCAACAUCAAGCAGGUCCAGCAGGAGAUGCAGCAGUGUGCCAUCCCGAAGGAUGUGCGGGUCGGCUGUGUGACUACAGACUUCGCCAUGCAGAAUGUCCUGCUCCAGAUGGGGCUGCAUGUGCUGGCCGUGAACGGCAUGCUGAUCCGCGAGGCCCGGAGCUACAUCUUGCGCUGCCACGGCUGUUUCAAGACAACAUCUGACAUGAGCAGAGUGUUCUGUGCACAGUGUGGAAACAAGACACUGAAGAAGGUGUCUGUGACCGUCAGCGACGAUGGAACCCUGCGCAUGCACUUUUCCCGCAACCCUAAGGUGCUGAAUCCUCGGGGCCUCCGGUAUUCACUCCCCACUCCCAAAGGGGGCAAGUACGCCAUCAACCCCCACCUGACCGAGGACCAGCGCUUCCCUCAGCUGCGACUUUCCCGAAAGGCCAGGCAGAAAACUGACGUGUUUGCCCCUGACUACAUAGCUGGGGUGUCUCCCUUUGCAGAGAAUGACAUCUCCAGCCGGUCAGCUACCUUGCAGGUCCGAGACAGCACCUUGGGAGCCGGCAAGAGACGGUUAAAUCCCAAUGCUUCCAGAAAGAAGUUUGUGAAGAAAAGGUGAAGCAUGAGCUCCACAGGCAAGCUGGACUGAUGCUGUGACUGCCCAGGAGACCCAUGUCUCAGGUCCCCAGCUGUGCCAACUCCACAACCACUUGGACACAGAAGAGGCCUGGCUUCCAUAGUGCUGCCCCAGGACUCACUGUGGUGCCUCGGGUUGGGUUUGUGGUGGAACCCGCCAUCCCUUGGCCUGUGUGUAUCCAGGAGGUUUAUGUGAACAUUGUGACCUGACCUACUUGGACAUGGACAGCUGCAAGAGCAAAGGAUUCCAGCACCAAGAAGUUUGCAACAACCAGCCACACCCCUUCCCUCUUUAGUAUAAAAGAAGCCUGAAUUCUGACUCAGGUAAGAUGGUUCUUUGGGACAGGAGUCCACCAUCUUCUUGGUCUGCUGGCUUUCCGAAUAAAGUUGCUGUUCCUUGCCCCAACAACUUGUCUCUUGAUUUAUUGGCCUGUCAUGCGGUGAGCAGUAUGAGCUUGGACUCAGUAACUCCUUCUACCUAUAAAAGUCCUUUAUUUUGUACAGCUCCUUGGAGCUCCUUUCUUUGUGCUAGAUGGGAUGCUGCCUGAUUCAUGAAUC